AGUGUCAUACUGUGAAGUGAAUCUGUCACUUGCGCCUGUGUUUAUCGCCGAGUUCUUAAAUUCGACUAACGAGUCCCUAAACACAAGAUGGGUAGGGAGGACAAGGCAACUUGGAAAUCCAAUUAUUUCACCAAACUCAUCCAAUUAUUGGAAGAUUACCCUAAGUGUUUCAUAGUAGGCGCUGACAAUGUCGGCUCGAAGCAAAUGCAGCAAAUUCGUAUUUCAUUGCGAGGCAACGCAGUGGUCCUUAUGGGGAAAAAUACCAUGAUGCGUAAAGCCAUCAAAGGUCAUCUAGAACGCAAUCCUGCUUUGGAAAAAGUCUUGCCUCACAUCAAAGGCAAUGUAGGUUUCGUUUUCACCAGAGGCGAUUUGGUGGAAAUCAGGGACAAACUUUUGGAAAACAAGGUCAGAGCUCCUGCUAGGGCCGGUGCCAUUGCUCCGUUGCCCGUUGUCAUUCCUGCACAAAACACCGGCUUGGGUCCUGAGAAGACAUCUUUCUUCCAGGCCUUGAGCAUUCCAACCAAGAUUUCGAAGGGUACUAUUGAAAUCAUCAACGAUGUUCACAUCUUAAAACCCGGAGACAAAGUCGGAGCUUCCGAAGCCACUCUGCUCAACAUGUUGAACAUUUCUCCUUUCUCGUACGGUCUUCAAGUCGAGCAAGUCUACGAUUCCGGUACCGUAUUCGCACCGGCUAUUUUGGACAUCAAACCUGAGGAUUUGAGGGCCACUUUCUUGUCGGGAGUGCAAAACUUGGCGGCCGUUUGUCUAUCGAUCGGCUACCCGACCAUCGCGUCCGCUCCUCACAGCAUCGCCAACGGUUUCAAGAACUUGUUGGCUCUCGCUGCUGUUACUGACGUCGAAUUCGAACAGGCCAAGACCAUCAAAGAAUACAUUAAAGAUCCUAGUAAAUUCGCCGCCGCCGCUCCCGCUGCUGCUGCAGCUGCACCAGCUGCUGCUGCUCCGGCUGCUGCCAAGAAAGAGGAGAAGAAGGAAGAGUCCGAAGAGGAAGAUGAUGACAUGGGCUUUGGGCUGUUUGAUUAAGGAAAUGUCGUUCUUCCUUUGAAUUGAACGUUUAUUUGCUGUUUUGCUCAGUCAGACUGUCAAAUAAAUUAUGAAACUG